GGGUCAUGAUCUCAGAGCACCAAGGCGGGUGCCGGAGCAACUGGGGACGAGGGGGAAGGGCCUGGCCCCUCGGGGUCUCAAAGGGACCAGGGCUGGGGCUGCAGGUCCACUGCAGGUCCACUGAGUCCCUGAAGCAUCUGCCGAGAGAGGCAUGACAGGAGAGAAGGGCGAGGAGGACGGGGAGGCCCUGAGCUGGGACCUGGGAGAUCUGACGAUGGAGGAGCUGAGUGAGGGCCAAGCGGCUGCCAGGGCCCUGGAGGACAUGCUGGCUUUGAGCUCCCAGACACUGGUUCAGGCUGAGGUUGAGGACCUCUACGAGGAGGUGCGCCCGCUGGGCCAGGGCCGCUUUGGCUGCGUCAUCCUCGUCACCCACCGACAAAGAGGGACGCCCAUGGCCCUUAAGCUUUUGUCCAAGGCCUCGACAACUCGCCAAGGGUUUCUUUACGAGUUCUGUGUGGGACUGACCCUUGGCUCUCACCCCGGCAUCGUGGCCGCCUAUGGUAUCGGGCUGGAGACGCAGGCCUGCUACGGCUUCCUCUCGGAGCCCGCCCUGCACGGGGACCUCAUCGCCUUGAUCCAGCCCAAGAAGGGUCUUCCUGAGUCAGCAGCUCAGCUCUGCGCCCAGCAGCUCUCCUCGGCCUUGGAGCAUAUCCACUCCCGGGGCCUCGUAUACCGAGACCUGAAGCCAGAGAACGUGUUGGUGUUUGAGCCAGGCUGCCGGCGGGUGAAGCUGACUGACUUUGGGCACACGCGGCCCCGGGGGACCCUGCUGCGCCUGGCUGGGCCCCCCAUCCCCUACACGGCCCCUGAGCUGUGCAGCCCGACCCGCCGGCCUGAGGGUCUACCCAUCCAGCCCUCCCUGGACGCCUGGGCCCUGGGCGUGCUCCUCUUCUGCCUCCUCACCGGCUACUUCCCCUGGGACCAGCCACUGCCCAGCGAGGACCCCUUCUACCAGGAUUUCCUGGACUGGAGAGCUUCCGGAAAGGCCUGUGAUCGCCCGGCACCCUGGGUUGGUUUGACCCCUGUGGCCGAUCAGCUGCUGGGGGUGCUGCUGGACCCUCGGCCCCGGCACAGGGGCCCCGUGGGCUCAGUCCGGGCCUUUCUGGGCCAGUGCUGGCAGGAGAAGGCUGGGAGCCCAGAGCUAGCCAGGAAGAGGGGAGAGAGGGAGGAGGACAACGAGGAGAAGGAGGGAGCAGAGUGAGAGACCUGGGAGGAAUCCUCGAGGAGGUGCUCUGCUCUCUCUGUGGGGGACCGGGGUGGGGGUUGAGACCGGCGGGGAGGUGCCCGCCUCUCUGCAGCCGAACGCCCCGCCCCCACCUCUGAGUCUGCGUCACUCCCCACCCGGCACCUUUUUCUCCCAGUCUCUUUCAGCUCUUCCUUUCUGUCUUUCCUUCUGUUUUGUUUUUCUCUGGGUCUCCCUGCCCCCCCAUGGCUCACCCCGUCUCCUUUCUCCAAUAAAGCCUGAAGAAACUUCUA